AUGGUUGAGAAGAAGCUUAGAUUCUGGUUUAUGAAAGAAGAGAAGAGAAAGAGAACUCCAAAAGUUUCUACACCGAAAGUUGUAAUCAAGGAAACGAAGAAAAAGAAAUCGCCACCUCGCUUAGUUGAUGAGACUCUUAUACCUCCAACAGAUAUGAUCAAAGAAGGCACAGAUCUUUUGAAAAUGUCGUUUGCAGAAUACGACAAACUGUCAACAGCUCAAGGUGCUCAAGUUGAACAAGAUACAACAAGGACUGCUGAGAAUGUGGAAGCUGGUGGAGAAAAUGUAGAAAAGACGUUCAUUGAGGGAGAAGUUCAUACUGAUUCUAGUGCAACAGAAAGUGAUGAUAUUUAUCCUACAAUGAUAGCACCAACAACUUGUGUGAGUGGCAAGCAAAAGCUGAAGAAGUCACCAAAGAAAAAGAAAGCAUCAGAUGAAGAAGAUGCUACUUAUGAGCCAACUCCUACUGAGAAAGAAAAGAUCAAGAAGAGGGGUAUUAAGAAAAGAAAGGCACGUCCAAUAGGUGAUGUUCCGAGAAGAGUUAGAGCCAGAAAAGAUUCUACUACUAUUCCUCAGAAAGAAACAACAGAAGAUCUAGAGUUUGAAAGGGUUGAAAAAGUUGAUAGUCCUGAGAUAGAGAUCACAGGAGUUAGAAAGUCUACACCUUCACCAUCACCGAUCAACAAAACAAUUCACAUUCCUGAUGAUAGAGAAAAGACACCUGAGCAGCGCCUAAGACUGUUGAAGAUCCUACAUCUGCAACAAAGAAGCCUACAACUUCACAAACUUCAAGUCAUGGAUUUCCUAAGUAAAGUAAGUAUCUUGGAGAAAGGGAAAGCCAAAGUUGAAGCAGAGUUGAAGGAAACAAAAGAAAAGUUGGGUGAUAUUGAAGCAGAAAAUGUGGCUUUGAGAGAAGAAGUUGAACAACAAUCAGAGGUGAUAGAAGGAUUAGUAGACAAGAUUAUGGAGGUCAACGCUCAAUAUAAGUCUUUUGAUGGUUCUAACAAGACGUUGUACGAGAUGUACGCAGAUCUACAUACAUCUUCUUCAAGUGAAAAUGAAGUAUUAAAGAAAGAAGUUGAAGCCUUGAGAGCCGACAAGGUAAUUAAAGAUGAACAACUUAAUAUGCUCUACACUGUGAUUAAACAUAAGUUGGGUAUCAAUGUUCAAGCUGUCUUCGAUGAGAUCGAGAUUCAAAGGGUUGAAGCAUGGAGGGUUGAAAGAGAGAAGCAGUUGGCUGAAGAAGCUAAAGAGAAAAAGAAAGGUUUAGUGGUCGACACUGAAGAAAUCCUUGGAUCAUCUAGCCAACAAGAUCAAUCAAAGCCUGAUGAUGAGGUACAUGCUUCUAACAUUGAAACUUUUACUAUUAAUGAUGUUGAGAUGAAUGACGUAGAGGUAGAGGCAAAUGUAGAGAUAAGUCUUGAUAUUGUGCCUGUCGGGGAAGUAAAAGAUGUGCUACAUAGUGAACGGGCUAGCCAUCAACAGAUAAAGGUUGAGCGUCGAAGAUUAAGGGCAAAAAUGAAUAAGUUUAAAGUAGUUGAGGAAGAUAAAGAGAUUGAUGAAUUAUUUGGUGAUGAAGAUGAAGAAGAUGAAGAUGAUGGUGAUAAAGAUGAAAAGAACGACAAAGAUAAGGAAGGUGAUAAAGAUGAUAAGGGCGAUGAUGAUGAUGAUCAGGGUGCUUCUGGGUUGUUAAUUACAAAGCGUUCAGGUCCGAGCAAUUUAGAAGAUUUUCUGAAUGAUGAAUUGAAUGAACAACAAGAAGAUCAACAUCAUGAAGUGUCGUCUUCUGGAACAAAACAUGCGGGUGAUGAGGUAUUCCUAACCCUUCCUAAAGUUAUAUAUUUGCACCAUGCAGAGGAAGAGGGGGAGUUGGAUGAGAACAGGACGAGGGAGUCUAUGUUAGAGGAGUUAGAUUUGAAAGAUGGAAAAUUGAAGUUUGAUAUUGAACAGGAGAUUCCACCUACUCCUGAUAGAGAGUACACUUUUAAGUUUAUGAAUGAGGCAGAUAACUUUCACGAUGUAAUUAUUGAAGAUGGUUCAGAUGAUUCUGAAGAAGAUACACCAUUCCACUAUUCUGGAGUUGAUGACGAUUUUCCGACUUUGAAUGAACUUUUUCAGUCGCAUAAUGAAGAUGAAGUGAGACGGAAAGUGGUAGAAAAGAUUGCUACAGAGGGUGUUCCUGAGACUGUAUCAAAAGAAGAUCUUCUGGAGGAAAGAAAGCGAUGGUUCAAGGUCAUGCCCAAAGAAAGAAAAAAUUCAAGAGGCCACUACAGUUCUUUACUGAUCAUCCUGAUAAAUCUCUAG